AUGGAUGCCCUCCUCCGUGAUCGUUCCGAUGUCUCUAGUCUCCAGAGCGACAUGAGGAAGACGAAGAGUCUUGUAAUAGUCGUCAGUGAUGAGAAUCCGCUUGCAUCCCGGCGCAUAGUCUGGGCGAUCCGGAAGCUCCGAGUGCAGGAAUGCGAUGCUUUCUUUGGUCAACUCGGCAGAUUCCGCAGAUCCACGUCUGAUGAGGGACUCAUAGGUCCCUUCAUUGCGAUCCAUGAUGAGAGCUCGGAUUUUGGGAAGCAGGAAGGGCACGUUCCGGAGCAGACCCCUCUUCCACUCCUGUACCUCAUCAUCCAACCUCGGAAUAACCCAUUUGGGCGUUCUCUGGAAAAUGGUGAGUUGUGA